UCCUUAGCCCCGUGAACGAAUCCCUCCACCACUCUUUUCGACAUGGAAUCCACCCAACAUUAUCACAGACCCGUGCACAUAAGUGUUUCUACACUCCUCGUGUUUUGACCGGGAAAAUACUCUGGGCUGAAGGCAGAGAUUGAAGUUUACGUAAGAACUCUGGAGCAUGAAAUGAAAUCAAAAUAUUUGCUCAAGUACUACCAAAAAGAGGCCUGAAAUGGAAUCAAGCAAGAAAACCCUAAGGCAAUGGACCCUCUUACUAUUAAGCUCUGCAGCUCUAUGCAUUGGAACAAUCGCAGGCCCCUUAUUACUUCGCUUCUAUUUCCUGCAUGGGGGUACUCGCAAAUGGCUAUCUGCAUGGCUAGAGACCGGAGGGUGGCCUCUUCUCAUUAUACCCAUUUGGCUUUCUUCUCACAAUAAACAAUCCUCUGAAGGAACCCAUGUAACUCCCAAGCUUUGCCUUGCAUCCAUUGUACUUGGUGUUCUCACUGGUCUAGAUGACUUCUUGUAUGCUUGGGGGGUCUCAUACUUGCCUCUCUCCACCUUGUCUCUUUUAAUUGCAUCUCACCUUGGUUUCACUGCAGUUUUUGCAUUCUUCAUAGUCAAGCACAAGUUUAGCUCAUAUUCUAUCAAUGCCAUAAUUUUGCUCACCAUGGGGUCAUUUAUGCUAACUUUCCACGUUAGUGGCGAUAGGCCAGAGGGAGUAACUGCUGGUCAAUACUGGUUAGGGUUUAUCGUCACGGUUUCUGCAGCAGCCCUUUAUGGAUUGAUUCUUCCUUUGACUGAGCUUGUCUAUAAGAAAGCCACACACCCAAUAACAUAUACUCUUGCUAUGGAGAUGCAGGUUAUAAUGUCUUUUUCGGCAACAGUUCUCUGUACAAUAGGGAUGGUUGUGAACAAGGAUUUUGAGGCUAUUGGGAGGGAGGCUAGGGCAUUUGACCUAGGGGAGUUUAACUACUACAUGGCUCUGGUGUGGAACGCAGUAUGUUGGCAGUUGUUCUUCAUUGGGGUUUUUGGUGUCAUCUUUUUGAGUUCUUCUCUUAUGAGUGGUGUUAUUAUUGCUGCCUGUAUUCCAGUCACGGAGUUGCUUGCAGUGAUCUUGUACCAUGAGAAAUUCAGCGCAGAGAAGGGCAUGGCUCUCGCUAUGGCUUUGUGGGGCUUUGCAUCAUAUUUGUAUGGAGAAUACAUGGAUUCCAAAUUACAGACAAGUAAUAUGCCAGAGGAGCAUCCUCAAGGCAGUGAACAUGCAGAGCCUAGAGAAGAAGAAGAAAGGACUUUGGAGCUGGUUGUUGAAGAACUUAACUCCAAUUCCAAGUCUAGCAAAACCAAAUAGCCCACAACUUUCUUAUGCUUUUAAGGUUAUGCAGCCUGAAAUGUUUUGCUUCAGUGCUGAGCAUAAUUUACAGGUUAAAUAUCUGUUUUUACCAUGCAUAUAUGUCCGCAGGUUUCUAGCAUGGUGUUUGUUAAAACUGUAUAGUAAAUGAUAACAGUGGAAGCAGAAUUUUGGUAAGAAAAGAUUUGUUCAGGAA